GCUCUUUGGAGCAACAGCAAAAGCAGCAGCAGCUGCUGCAGCGGCAACAGCAGCAGCAGCAGCAGCCUGAGGAUUGCCGUUCGAACGGCUGCAUCGAGAGCGGCAAAAGCAGCAGCAGCAGUGCCGACAGCAGCCUCUGAUAGAGCCACCAUCCCAGAAACCAAAAGGCGGAGAAGCGAUCCCCCUUGCAGUGCAGUUGCUAGGGCCCCACGCUCGCGGAAUUACUCUGUCUCAGUUGCAGCUGGCCUUGGACCUUGCGCUGAAGCUCGCUUGCGGAGGCUGGGAGUCAGCAGGCCAACAGCAGCAGAAACAACAGCAGCACAAACAACAGCAGCAGCAGCAGCAGCAGCAGCAGCAGCAGCAGCAGCAACAGCAGCAGAAACAGCAGCAGCAGCAGCUACAACCCCCAAGGCCCCAGCUGUACGGGGAGGCCUACACAGGGUCUGCCCCAUGGCAGCAAUGCAUGCCCCAGCAGCAGCCGUUGCAGGCGCUAAAGCGGGCUGCGCCUCCCCCACCGACUGUGCGCCAGCAGCAGAUGCAUCAUCAUCAGGCUCAGUUCUCGAGGCUGCAGCCAAGCUGCGUGUUGCCCUGCACGCAAUCGAAGCCCCACCUGCAGCAAUUAGCGCUGCGCCUGCUGCUGCUACAUCAACUGGAGCUGCCACAUGUAGUCUAGCUGCAUUCCUUGAGAUUCUAUGCUGGCUUUUGCCUCUCGAAAGGUCCUUACAGCCUCGGUGCCAAGCACCAGUACACCCGGCAAAAUUUGCAGCAAUCCAACAGCUAUUCACGACCAAAGAGGAAGAUGUCAAGGAGAGGCGACACGUAGUGGGUCUGCAUGUAGCCAUUUCUGCGGACAAAAGCACAUACGCACGUAUAGAGUGGGAACCCUCCGGUUGCAAUAGUAGACAGUGUAUGAACCGAUGCAGACAGAUUAGCGCACGGACACGUGAGCAGGUAGGGAAGCAGUCGAACGCGCACGGAGAGGCUGAUAAUAUACAACCGAAAGAAAGGGGCAGAGGAAGCAUAAAAUGGGUGAUACAGGCAGCCAUAUACUGA